AUGAGUAUUCCUCACAUCGGUUUGGGAACGUAUGACAUGACUGAAGAGCAGUCAGUGAUGACCCAAGUGCUCAACGAUGCCAUAGAUGUGGGCUAUAGACACAUAGACACCGCUUAUAUCUAUCAGAAUGAAGAAAUGAUUGGCAGAUCGUUGAGACAAAUGUUUGCUAACAAUAAGACUAAAAGAGGGGACCUAUUCAUCACGAGUAAAGUCUGGAGUACUUUCCAUAAGCGGUCGCAAGUGGUCGAGGCAUUAAAGUUAUCGCUCAAUAACCUGGGUCUCGAUUACUUAGAUUUAGCACUAAUUCAUUGGCCAAUUGCUCUAAAGUCUGGCACCGGAUAUCUGUGGCCUUUGGAUGAAAAUAAUAUGACUUUAGAUGAAGACAUAAGUGUUGUCGAGACGUGGAAAGGCAUGGAAGACGCGUAUAGACUGGGUUUGGCUAAAAGUAUCGGAGUUUCUAACUUUAAUUCCGAACAAUUGGGUCGUGUC